AGAAAAAACAUUCAUUAGUGUACCAAAACACAAAAAAAGAAAGAAGCAGCCUUUUAGCUUUGAUCAUCAUCCCCGUUUCAGAGAAACCUCACACUCUCACAAGACCAAGCCUUUAGCUCAGAAAUGGACUCCGUUUGCUGAAUUUGUGGGUUUUUGGGAGGCUAAUGAUGACGGAGGAGCGGUUUGACCCGACCCGGAACCGGGUCCGGGCCGGGUUCCGGGAGCUGGGAAAGUUGGUGAAGCAGAUGGAAGGUGUAGAGGUGAAGCUGAGGUGUGAUUCUGAAGCGAAAGCGGUGGAGAUUGAAGAAGGUAAGAAGAAACUGAGCUGUCUUGAGUUGAAAUUUGAAGAGAAAAAUAGAGAGCUUUGUGAUAGAGAGAAGAGGAUAGAGGAACUUGAGGGGAAGGAGGAAGAUGUGAAGGUGAGAGAGGAGAGAUUGAAGGGUUUACAGGAGUUGAUUGUGAAAUGUGAUGAUGAGGUGAGGCUGAAGAGGGUGAGGAUUGAUUUGUUACAGAAAUCGAUGAUGGAGUGUUCGAAUAUAUUGGAAGCUAGAGAGAGGAAGAUCAGGGAGUGUAAUGUGGGUUUCGAUUUGCUUAAGAAGUCGAUGGAGGAGUGGGGAUGUAGAGUUGAGAUGAAGGAGAGGGACGUGGAAGGGUUUGUGGUGAAGAUGGAGUUGAAGGGGAAAGAAGUGGAGUCAAAAAUUGAGGAGCUUGAGUUGAUUGAGAAGAGGGUGAAGGAUUGUGUUGGUGAUGUUGAGUUGAGAGUAGGGCAGUCUGAAGAACUUGAGAAAUCGAUGCUGAAAGAGAGACAGCAGUUGGAUGGAAUGCAAGAGUCGGUGCGUGAGGGGGAAAGGAAUUUGGAUUCAGCUCGAAAGGCAGUGGAAGAGAGGGAGAAGGUUCUGGACUUGCUAGGUCGGAAACUUGAAAGGAAGGAGAAGGAACUUGAAAAGCAGGCCAAUGAGGUUAAGUUGAAAGAGAGAGUAGUUAAAUCGAGGUUUGAGGAACUUGAUUCAAAGGACAAGAGAAUGAAUGAACUCCUCAAUGAUGUUCAAUUGAAGGAAAAAGGCUUGGAAUCAUUUAAGGAAUCAUUACAAAAAGACAGAAAGCAUUUGGAUUUGCUCCAAGAGUCAACAGCAGAGCGUGAGAAGCAGUUGGAUUCACUCCAAAGAUCGGUGCAGGAUCGUGAAAAUAGUUUGCUUUUGUUUCAAUCAUCGGUACAAGAGCGUGAAAGAAAUGUGGAUUCACUAUCCCAUGGACUUCAAAGGAGAGAAAGGGAACUAGAAAAGCAGGCCAAAGAGCUUGAAUCAAAGCAGAAACAGUUUGAUUUGCAGAGGAAGGGUAAGCAUUUGGAACCUAACCUUGCUGCUAGAGAUGCCAAUGUUGUUUCAUCUACUAGUGAUCAAUCCCGGAUCAACAUGGAUGGUAGAAGCUUACAGUUAGUCAUGAAUGAGCAAGUGGAAAAAAUUGAUUCCGCAGGUAGCCUAAUAUCAGAUGUUCUACAUGCAUCAUCAGACCCGGCGAAAUUGGUUUUGGAUGCAAUGGAAGGGUUUUAUCCGUCAGAUCUUGAUGUGGAAAACAGAGACCUUGAUCAUUUGAGGGUUGUAAGAAAGAGCUGUAUUCUUUUGCUACAGCAGUUAAAGAGAAUGUCACCAAUAAUUAAUCCUCAGGUGAGAGAAGUAGCAGUGAAAUUGGCAGCUGUUUGGGAUGAGAAGAUGGCAGAUACCGCUGAUGAUGAUGAUAAUAGUUGGGAGGCUUUGGGCUUUUUGCGGCUGAUCACUACGUAUGAAUUGACAAGUAAUUAUCAUUUGAGGGAGCUUCGAAUGCUUCUUGAUAUGGUUUCUCAGCCAGAACAAGUUGCUGAGUUAAGUAGGGCACUUGGUAUCACAGAUAAGGCCCCUGUGACGAACGUCGUUUCUUCCAUAGUCAAGUCUGAGCCAUCAGAAUCUUCACUGGCUCGAAAUGUAUCAAUCCUUUCUCCUCCAAAUAAUAGUACACAGAAUGAAAGGAUUGUUUCACUUUCUUCCAUUGCCAAGAUUGAGAAAAACUUCUCGGUGGUUCUUCAAUCAUCAUCAGACCCCGCAAAACUUGCGUUGGAUAUGAUGCAACAGUCUUUUACGUAUAACUGGAGUCAUAGAGAUGUUAGUUCCAAAGAAAGGGUUGUAUCGAGUAAUAUUUCUCUACUGAAGAAUCUAAUGGGGCUCUCCAUACAUGUUGGACCUCAUCUGAAAGAAAAUGCAACAAUUCUAGCAUCCCAGUGGAGAGAACAGUUGAUAGCUGAUACUGAGGAUUCAUUGGAGAGUUUGGGAUAUUUGCUGUUUAUAGCUAUGUAUGGAUUGGUUCCAACCUUACCUGAAGAUGAGAUUAUAAUGCUUCUUAGAAGGGUUUCGCAGCAUAGACGGUCUCUAGAAUUAUGUCAGACACAUCCUUUCGCAGAUUAUGUCCCUGAUUUUAUACAGAAGCUUAUUGAAAAGAAGCUACUGUUGGAGGCUGUUAAAUCUAUUUGUGCCUUCAAAUUAAAUGACAAGCUCCCCCCAGUGCCACUCUUAAGAGAAUAUGUGGAGGAUGUAAUGAUGUCUGAAGUAAUUUGCAUGUCACAGAUGACACCUGAUGAAAAGGAUAAGGCUGUGAUUUGUAUGAUAGCUAAGCUAAGAGCUGCCAUUCAGUGCAUGAAAGAUUACAACCUCGAGUCUGAAUACUCGAAGACUGUUGAAAUCCAAAUAGUUCAGCUCGAAAUGCUCAAGGAAAAAUGGAGAAGUUUGGCGCCCAAAGUUGAACAAGAAGAGAGAAAAAGAAAGAACCCUUGUGCUAGCUCUUCUGCCCCAAAGUCACAACCAGGAAAAGUAUCAAAAAUCAAAAUCAUCUUCAGUGGUUCGAAACGCUAAUGUGAAGUUCCACUCCUGCGAAACUACGAAGUAACGCUUUACAUAGUAAUCUGGGAUAACCUUCCCUCUGCUAAUUGUUGAAGAUAGUCUACCAUUCACUCCUAAUCGUACGCAUAUCCAUGGCACAGCUUUUAGGAAAAAGCUCAUAUAUUUUGAAUGAACUGCUGGUAGAAACUAGAAAGUAGAGACCCUUGACAUAGGUGAAUAUGUAUGUAGUAGUUCUUUAAAUGGUGUCCACUGUUUGUGUAGUAUUCCAGGUUA